AUGGACCAACCAAUCGGGAUUAGACCUAACACGGACCAACCAAUCGGGACUCCACCUAACACGGACAAACCAAUCGGGACUCCACCUAACACGGACAAACCAAUCGGGACUCGACCUAACACGGACAAACCAAUCGGGACUCCACCUAACACGGACCAACCAAUCGGCACUCCAUCUUACACGGACCAACCAAGCGGGACUCCACCUUACACGGACCAACCAAUCGGCACUCCAUCUUCCGCGGACCAAACAAUCGGGACUCGACCUAACACGGACAAACCAAUCGGGACUCGACCAAACAUGGACCAAACAAUCGGGACUCCACCUUACACGGAACAACCAAUCGGGACUCGACCCAACACGGACCAACCGAUCGGGACCCGACCUAACAUGGACCAACCAAUCUGGACUCGACCUAACAAAGACCAACCAAUCGGGACUCGAUCUAACACAGCCCAAUCAAUCAGGACUCGAACUAACACGAACCAACCAAUCGGGACUCGACCAAACACGGACCAACCAAUCGGGACUCGACCUAACACGGACCAACCAAUCGGGACUCGACCUAACACGGACCAGCCAAACGGGACUCGAACUAACACGGACUAA